UUGAAGAUGCAAGUGGAUGUCGAUUGCUUUGUAGUGACUACUGCAGUUACUAUGGUUAAGCAGGAGGAUCAACAUCUUGUUGUUGGAAACAUUGGGGAUUCAAGAGCAGUAUUGGGUACGAUGAAUAAAGAGAAUAAACUUGUUCCUUUCCAGUUAACUGAAGAUCUCAAACCAGAUUUUCCAGCAAGGAUAAAGAGAUGCAGAGGACGUAUAUUUUCUCUCUGGGAUGAACCAGGAGUUGCCCGCCUCUGGCUUCCUAACCACAACUCACCUGGUCUGGCCAUGGCGCGUGCUUUUGGAGAUUUUUGCCUUAAGGACUUUGGUCUCAUUUCGUUCCUGACGUGUCCUACCGACCACCUCACUGAGAAAGAUGAAUUUGUUGUCUUGGCAACUGAUGGGAUAUGGGAUGUAUUGACGAAUGAAGAAGUUGUGGAGAUUGUAGUGAAAGCACCAACACGUUGCACAGCUGGUCGAGCCUUGGUGGAAGCUGCAGUGAGGAAUUGGAGAUGGAAGUUCCCCAAUUCAAAAGUCGAUGACUGCGUUGUAGUUUGCCUCUUCCUUGACUCGAAACCAGACAAAUUAUCAACUGCUUCUUUCUCAGUGGAUAAACACAUCAGCAAUGGCCUUACUGAACCUGACACAGCAUCAACGUCAACUCCAGGCUCGGAAACCGAAUCACCUGAGCUCAAUGGUGUCGACAGAAUCGACACACUCGUGACAACCAAAGAGUAG